AUGGAGAAGUCUAAAAACUUCAGGAUCGACGCUCUGUUAGCCGAAGAGCCUCCCCGGGUAGCGCCGAGCUCUUCCCCUCCGGUGGUGAGCCCCAACUCGGUGCCCGAGAGUUCAGCGGGGAGCCCGGGCUCCUGCAUCCGCACCGAGACACCAUCUCCCCGGGGAACUGUGGGCACCGUGUCGUUGGCCAGCGGCAUCAUCCCCAAACCGGGUCUACUCAACCUGCAGCCCCCGGCUCUCGGCUCUCUGUCCCACUCCGCCUUGCCCGCCAUGUACGGGCACCCCGUCUACACUUACCCGGGCUUGGGAGCCCACCACCCGGCUCUGUCGUACGGGGCUUUCCCGCAGCUCCCUCAGCCUCACCCCGAGCACCUCAAAGCGGCGGCGGCAGCGGGAUCCUUCCAGCUGGACCACUGGCUCCGGGCUCAAGCCGCCGGCAUGAUGAUUCCGAGACUAUCCGACUACAACACCCAGCCCCAGUCAGGACUGAUGGGGAAAUGUCGCCGGCCGCGGACUGCCUUCACCAGCCAGCAACUCCUGGAGUUGGAAAACCAGUUCAAACUCAACAAGUACCUUUCCAGGCCAAAGCGCUUCGAGGUUGCCACAUCCCUCAUGCUGACAGAGACCCAGGUGAAGAUUUGGUUCCAGAACCGACGGAUGAAAUGGAAGCGGAGCCGGAAAGCCAAGGAACAGGCGGCUCAGGAAGCCGAGAAGCAGCGAGGUAGCAAAUACUCAGAGAAGGCAGGCGGGGGCGAGAGCAGGUCGGAGGCAGAGAGUGUGGAUUUCAGUGCCCACACCACAAACUUUCUCCAGCGCAGCACAGAACUGGGCUACACGUCCAACAGUUCCUGCUCAGAAGAUGAACUGGAGGAACUCGGGUCUGUGUAG